GAUAACAUCUACCUCGCAGUGUGAGUCUUGAAUACUCGCAGUUGAACGAUUGUGGAAUCUCAACCGAAUCUCGGCACUCAGUAUACUGCAGUUUGGGCUUUAAAAAGCGAAUUGCUAUGGCACCAACCUCAAAGUACGUGGCUGUGGUUGCUAUUGAUUUCGGAACCACCUACAGUGGAUUUGCAUUCUCCUUCAAUGACAGUAGAGGCGAGGCAGGGAUCCACAUGAACAGAGAAUGGGGAAACGAAGAGGGACGCAGCACUUUGAAAACCCCAACGUCGAUCCUUCUCUCUCCCAAAUUGGAAUUUGACUCUUUUGGAUACGAAGCUGAUGAUAAAUAUGUCCAUCUCAAGGACGGAGAUGACAAGGAGUACUAUUAUUUAAGACAUUUUAAGAUGGAACUUCACAAAUCAAAGACCUUGGACCGGAACACUACGCUCUCGGCAGCCAACGGAAAGAAAGUUGACGCCACUAUUGUUUUCUCGUUGUCGAUAAAAUACAUGAAGGAUGAAGCACUUAAAACCAUACGUCAAAGGACAGGAGACAAUUCCUAUGACGCAAAGGACAUCCAAUGGGUCCUCACUGUGCCCGCCAUUUGGACUCCAGCAGCUAAACAAUUUAUGAGAGAAGCCGCGAGCAAGGCUGGAAUUACUUCUGUUAACAACAAAGAACAGUUGAUUAUUGCAUUGGAACCUGAAGGAGGGGCACUCUUCUGUCGGGAGAGAAAUCUGAGAGAUUUUGCCGACCAAAAAGGAGAUGCUUGUAUUUCUGAUGUCUUUGCUCGUCCUGGUUAUUCUUAUGCAGUGGUUGAUAUUGGAGGCGGGACCCUGGAUGUUACAGUUCAUGAAGUUCUCGAAGACAGCAAGAUCAGAGAAGUUUACCAGGUGACUGGGGGACCUUUUGGUGGUAUUUACGUUGACCAAAAGUUUGUGUACCUACUUGAACAACUUUUUGAACGUAAAAAUAUCAACAAAUUCCGCCUCGAAUAUCCGGCAGAUUGGCUUCGGAUAAUGAAUGAAUUUGAAAUGAAAAAAAGGGGAAGACGAGCUUUUGAUGAUAAGCCCACUCGAAUAACCCUUCCCCGUAGCUUCCUUAGUAUGAUGUCUAAAAACAGCAAGUCUGAUCUAGCCGGACACCUUGCGAAGUCUUGCAACAUUAAAGAUGUAGAAAUAUACAACGAUGAGUUUCUCUGCCUGGGGCCCAAUGCAAUGAAGAGCCUAUUUUCUCCAGUAGUUUCUGGAAUUGUUUGCCACAUGGUAGGACUAACUAGGAAACGUGCACUGAAGAAGUUAGCUUGCCUGUUCAUGGUUGGUGGUUUUGCUGAAUCGGUUAUUCUGCAAGAGGCCAUGAAGACGGCAUUCAGCGGGAGAUUUCCAAUAUUAGUUCCCAACUAUGCUGGUAUUGCAGUUGUCCAAGGUGCAACCAUGUUUGCUAAUAAGCCUGAGGUGAUCUCUUCUAGAAUUAUGGCUACCACCUAUGGCUUUAACUCAAUCAGAAACUUUGAUCCUAAGGGGGACGACCCAAAAAAGAAGUUUAUCCUUGACGGUGUAGCUAGAUGCAAAGAUGUCUUCGCUAUCAUUGUAAAUGAAAACGAGAGUAUAAAAGUAGGAGAGAAGAAAAGUUUCAUUAGAAAGCCUUUGCCACCCGAUCAGACUCAGGGAUGCUUUAAGUUUUUCACUUCCACUGAUACAAACGUCAAAUACGUAACAGAUUCCUCUGUAGGACCUCAAAUUGGAAAUUUAGUCGUUGAAUCACCCGACACUUCACUUGGACGGGAUCGGGAAAUCGAGUUAAACGUUUUUUUCGGUGGAACUGAAAUAAAAGCGACUGCUAUUGAUCUCGCCAGUAAGCAGACCGCUGUUGUCUACCUCGACUUUCUGUGUAAAUCUUGAAUGCACCAGGGAUUUACUUUGUCGGAUUUUCCUGUAAUAGUCUCUGAUUAAUGACUUGCAAGAGAAUAGGAUAAGAAAAACUGAAAUUAUUUGUACCAUACCUCAUUUGCGAUUUGUUUGGGUGGCCCUUACUUAGUACUUUAACGAUGAGCAAUAUUUCACACAAAACGUAAAUAGAUACAGUUACAUCAAACACGAAAGUCUAUUAUUUUACUUUUGUGCAACAGUAUUCCCAAGUAUCCCCAAAUGUGCACUUCCUUUUUCAGUACAUUCGCAGUUUUGCCACCCCGUAGAGACAAAACGGUCGCCGAUGAAGAUCAAAAUUGAAUUUUUGAUUGAGUUAUCGAUUCCUGUGUGAAAACAGAAAUAGCGAUUUUACGAGCACGAGGGUAGAAUUUAGAAAGCCAAUGAUGGAAUUGUAUUAUUACUGAAAUUAAAAACAUAAAUUACAGCCUAAGGCAAAAACCCGUGGGGAAUACAGUAAAUCUUGACAACCAUUUUGAUUUUUCAGUUUGUGCAGUUUUUAUCUAUUAUAAGUUACAUCUACAGACCAUAAGCUGAAGUUCUCAUGGUUAAGAUGGGAUUUGGCUCGUAUGUUAUAAGCACCCUCAGUAAAAAACCGUUUUGGAUAUCGGCGUUAUAUCCAGUUUAUUUGCUUCAUUGAACUCAUUAUUAGCUAUUCUGAAAAGUUUUUAGCCACGACACAGCAGCAGUUAUGACAAAAUGCUGAUACUAUAGACUGAACAACUGUUGAUAUAAAUAACACAGAAUAAAGUUUGCGCCCGAGAGAGUUUGCUGACAAAGUAACUGUUGAUCGUUCGUCGAACUAGCUGACUUUUAAACAAUUCGAGCGAAUCGAAGCAAAAGCUGUAGGUUUGGUAAAUUAAAGUUGUAGAUGCAACUUCAACUUUAUUAUAUACGAUUUGUGCUUUUUAAGGGGCAAUUUUUUUUCGUAAGGAGACAAAUGUUUACUGGUGCUUGUUACGAGAGUUGCACAGAGUAAAUAUUCUGAGUCUUGCCAUCUUGUUAUGCUAUCAGUUAAAGUGCACCUAAACCCAAAUUUUUUUUCGCUUAACGAAAUAAGCUUAUUUCUUGGAGUAUUUCUGUGCAAAA